AUCGAGAAAAGGCAACCCGAGUACACCGCACUUACACGCCGAAGAAGUUCCCAUGCGCCCGCGCUCUGAUAACGCCAGUCUGAGAAUCUGAGUCCGAUUCGAAUCCGAAAACUGAGUAGCUCGGGAAAUGGGUGUAAAUAUAUAGCGGGCGUCGUCGUCGUAGCUCAGAACAAAUAACACACAGCUCUCGAAGCGUGAACGUCGUUGUCGAGUUUCCGCCUUGAAAAAUCUCAAACAAAACAUAAAAAUAAACGCCUUUGAUUUCGUCUCUCUCUCGCUCAUCUGAUGUGCGUCUGUUAGUGUCGAGAACCGGGUUCUAAAUUAAAGAUUGGAAAAUUCAAUAAGUCAGCGAUGGAGGACAAGCGGGCAAAUGGCGAUGCAAGCGCCUGCAAUGGGCAUUCCAAGGAGAAGGAUGCGGAUGUUCGCGUUUGGUGCGAUGGAUGCUAUGAUAUGGUUCACUUUGGACAUGCCAACUCCCUGCGACAAGCCAAAGCACUUGGCGAUAAAGUGAUUGUGGGGAUUCACACAGAUGAGGAGAUCACCAAGCACAAGGGACCACCUGUCUUUACCGAGGAGGAGCGCGUCAAGAUGGUCAAGGGCAUCAAAUGGGUGGACGAGGUGGUGCUCGGUGCUCCUUACGUGACCACAUUGGAGGUUCUCGACCAGAACAACUGUGAUUUCUGUGUGCACGGCGAUGAUAUUACAAUGACAGCCGAAGGAGUGGACACAUAUCAUUUGGUCAAGUCAGCCAAUCGCUAUAAAGAAGUAAAACGUACUGCCGGAGUUUCGACCACCGACCUUGUGGGUCGCAUGUUGCUCCUGACACGCAACCACUUCCGUCAAGGAUCUGCCGAAUAUGAUAUCGAAAAAGAAGUGACAAUUUUAAAACGACAAAUAAAAUCCCAUCCAGGUUCCUCGAACAUGGGUCAAGAUUCGGCAGCCAAAAGUCCAUGGACCGGCUGCAGCCAGUUCUUGCCAACAACCCAAAAGAUUAUACAGUUCAGCGAUGGAAAGUCACCGAAUCCAGGAGAUAAGAUUGUAUAUGUUGCUGGCGCCUUCGAUCUGUUCCAUGUGGGUCACCUGGACUUUCUGGAAAAGGCGAGAAAACUAGGCGACUACCUCAUUGUCGGCCUGCACACAGACCCCGUGGUCAACUCCUACAAGGGCAGCAACUACCCAAUUAUGAAUCUGCACGAGCGCGUGCUCAGCGUUUUGGCCUGCAAGUUUGUCAACGAGGUUGUGAUUGGGGCUCCCUACUGCGUCACCGAGGAGUUGCUCGAACACUUCAAAAUCGAUGUCGUCUGCCACGGACGCACACCCAUUGCGCUGGAGAAUGGCAAGAUCGAUCCGUAUGCCGUGCCCAAGACAAAAGCCAUCUUCGAGCUGAUCGAUUCCGGCAACGAGAUGACCACCGAGCGGAUCGUGGAGCGCAUUAUCUCUCACCGACUUGAAUAUGAGCGUCGCAACCAGGCCAAAGAAAAAAAGGAAAUCGAGGCCUUCGAGGCCCUCCAACGCCAAAAGCAGACCCAAAAGGCGGGCUAGCCGGAACCCGAUUCCGACUACUCACACUAGACAGAUGUUUUAUAUGUUUUAGUUGCAUUCUUUUAGUUUGUUUUGUUCAGUUCUAUCGUCUCUCGUCUCUUCUGUGGCGCUUUUGUUAUGUUGCGUUAAUGGCGAUGCGACGUUGCCCGAGAUGCCGUGCAGCCACAAAGUUUGUAAAAAGGCCCGGACCCAGCGUACCGCUCGCUCGUUUUCUAGUACAAUUUAUGAAUAGCUGCGGGUCGCACAGGCGGCUCUUAACAAGCCUUAAUGAUAUAAAGUUAUAUACAUAUAUAUAUUUGUAAUACCUUAAUAUAGCAUAUUUAAAAUCUAAAUUUUAUGUAUGUAAGCUCAAAAUUUGUAAAUUCUACUUGUAUGUUAUAAGUGUUGUGAAACAAACUCCCCAAUUCAUGAUUGAAAUGAGACUUUACAAAAUUGUACGAAAUAUAUGUAAGGCGAAUAGCAAAGAUAAAACUGACAUGUUAUCCAAACGGUUGGCAAGCAAGCGCCUUGUAUGAAUUGUAUAUAUAUAAAGCAAUGUAACGCGAGUAGGAUGUCCGGAUAAGGAAAUAGCUGCUUUUAUCAAAUGUAAUCUCCGAUACUUUGUCCUUAUUUAUUAAUGCAUAUAUUUAGUGCAAGUUCAAGUUUUAUGUUUCAAUGUUUAAUCUUAGACUUAAAUACAUGGCCAAAAAUAAUGCAAACUCCAA